UCAUUAUAGAAACUCUAUGAUAGCAGAGAGAGACACUAAAUAUGUAUACAAGUGCUCUGCUGUAAAUGAAAUAGAAAUUCCUGGUUACCAGUCAGUAUAUAAAUUAAAAGUAGGAGGUAACUCACUUUCAGAAAUUACAAGUAACGCUGAAUAUAGAAAUAUUAUUGGUCUGUCAGUAACCAAAACUCCUAAAUAACGCUGUAGAAUUCUGUCACACGUAACGUUGCCACAACUACGAAGAUGACAAUCCUUAACAGACAUAAGACUAAAGAUAUGGCUGCUAACAAAUCACUGUGGCAUAACAAAAGUAUAGGACGGCACAGAGGAUUUAGGAAAAGGCACAUAGAAUUAAUGGCAAAACCUAAUUGGCGCAGGGUACAGCGAACCAAGAUUAAGGACAUACCAAACUUAAACCUUGGAGAGGGUAUGAUAUGGCCAAUCAGGCGUGCAGCCUUAAACUACAAAACAAGUGAACGGAUAAAAAUAUUGGCAACACCAAAGAACAAAGUAGUUCCAAUUCCCGAAUAUUUGCUGCCGAGGCCUGCUGAACAUCUCACUGGUAUGUAUCCAGGAGGCCACUAUGCAUCACCAACAGCUAUGAGAGCUAUAAGUAACAAAAGAGUACAGGAGCUUGCGUUGCCUAAAUAUAUCUAUGUCAUAAAUACAAGAGAGGAGUUUGAAACAUUGCGUGGUCCAAAAUUUGUGAAGUAUUUAGAAGACUUGGCAAAAAAAAUAGCCGAAGUAUAUCCGCCACCUGAAAUAAUUCGCAUCUCUGAAAUGAAACCUGAGAAGAUUAAAUUAACUAAAAAGGAAAGAGAUAGGAUGAAAAAAUGGAUAACAAUUCGGUCAAAACCAAAGAAGGAACAUGAACCACCCAAAAUACGUCCCAAACGAGUCAAAUUGAGGAAGCUAAGGGCCACUUUCAAUAGGCUUUCGAGGCCUCUAGAACGACGCAAGCCACAAGUGGAACCUGAUCCAUUUAAGGUGUCACCAGCUGCUCUUCGUUAUGAAGCUAGUCCACGUAUGAUAGAAUUAGCCAAACCCAAAGAGAGGUUUGAAGACAGGGGACUCAUUCCAGGGCAGGUAAAGAGGGCUGCCCUAAGAUAUAAAAUAACUCAACGGAUAUUGGAUCUUGCACAACCCCGAGAGAGGCCCAUGUAGCUUUGGCAACAACUACAUUCUAGGUAUUUGUACUUACUUUGUGUUGGUACAGUACAUCUUCUUCUGUACCUAAGUGUUGGGUUUCUGAUAUAUGAAACACAAUUUCAUUACAUAUUGACCAUCUUAAAAAGAUGUACAUGAGAAUGCCAGUAAGUUAGUUCUGCAUGUGUCCAAAGAAAUAGUGCUACCCACAGUGAAGGUGCCAAGGAUGAUUAUCACCAAGAAACCAAACCAAUGUUUGAUAUUUUAAUCCUUUUGAUCACGGCAAUAAAAACUGAUAUAUGUAUAUACUUUGUUUAUUAUGGGUAGCAUUUGUAAUAAUUCACUGAAAGUUGUUAUAAUUUUAACUACCUGAAUUUAGAGUUGAAAUAAUUUAUAGACAGGAAUUAUGCACACAAUAAUUUAGACAGCAGUGUUCAUGUACAGUAAUUUUGUGAGAUACCUUGUAUUAUUUUAACCUUGGUUGUCUAAGGAAAGGCUAAAGUUUGAAAUUAAUAAUUGUACUAUCAGGUCUCACUUUAAGAUCCUGUUGACAGUCAGUUUAUUAAAGAGAAUUCAUUUAUAGUGAAAUGUUGAUGCAGAGUGCAUAAUUAUUCCUAAGAAAUUCUGCCUCUCCCACUUGACUUCAUUAGUAUUGCAGGAUAUUCAGAAUUAGAGAUUGUAUAUGAUUGAUAUUAAUGUCAGCAGCCAUAAAAGAAGUUUUUAUCUCCUUAAACCAAUAAAAAGAAAGAAUUCCUCUUCAUACA